AUGACUGACCCCUCAGGAGCAAAUGCCGGCGGCGCUGGCAGUUUGCAUCGGAUCCCUCCCUUACGAGGAGCCAACAACUAUAACGUUUGGCGUAUCCAAAUGGAGGACGUACUCACCGACCUCGAUUUAUAUGGACACGCAGACGGAUCGAAACUUAAACCGAACUCUAAGGUAGAAGUUGCGAUCACCGGCCGUAAAGACGAUGAAGGUAACCGCUUACCUGACUUGGAAGUCGACAGCGACAACCCCUUAUAUGCGUCUUGGAUUAAAGCCGACCGCAAAGCGCUAUUGAACAUAAGACUAAGAGUUGACGGAAGUGUACUUACUCACAUACAAGGUUGUACAACUGCCGCCGACGCCUGGUCUACGUUAGAAGCCACAUUCCAAGUCAAAGGUACUGUUGGACUCAUUGACUUACGGAGACGAUUCUUCAGUCAUUGGAUGACCGAUGGUGAAGACAUCGAGGAACACAUCCAGCGAAUGCGCGGAUGGUACCAACAAAUAAACAGUAUCAGUAAGGACUCAUGCACUGAGGUCGAUUGGAUAACAACGCUCAUUGCAAGCUUACCUGAUAGCUGGGAUACGUUUACGCAAUCUCAAUUGCUCAAUCAACCUGUUGUUCCCAAACCUACCACUGUUUGCAACAAUCCUGUUAUGCGCACUGGUAAUAAUUCUAUUUCUAACUCUACUCUACAAACAAUCAAUGCGCUCAAAGGUAACGUCUCAACCGGAGCCCAAACCCGCAGUAGGAAUCCUAACCCUACUCACGUCUCCCUCCAACAAGAACGUGGCGGAGUCAGGAUUAAACUCCCCAACAACGUUGCGACAGACCUCCCCAACGCCGCAAGCAUGCACUCUGACAGCUCCAACAUUGAUCUUGACGCAUAUACCUUCUCCACCAACACCUCCUCCAUACUCUCCGCCCCUACCAUCCCGUCCAAGCUUGCCUACCCGCUGGCAACCCCGCCAGCGACCAAACUGGACACCUACCUCAACCUAUCCAAAUCAACUUCAACCAAAUUGGAUACCACCCUGGCAACACCCGGGGAUGUGGAACACGAAUGGGCCUAUGCCGCCAAGCUAUCCGCGCCCAACAACCACCCGACUGUUGCGGAAGCGCUUGCCGGACCGGACGCAGAGGAAUGGCAAAAAGCCAUGGCAAAGGAGGUUAGUACAUUCAAGAAAAUGGAUACAUACAAUCUCACCAAUCUACCACCCGGACACAAGGCAAUUGGAAACGCAUGGGUAUUCACACUCAAGCGUAACGCCAACGGCACACCAGCCCGCUACAAGGGACAACUAGUAGCCCAAGGUUUCAGCCAACAACCUGGUAUUGACUUUGAUGAGACGUUUGCACCUGUACUCAAUGUUAAUUCUGCGUACCUACAUGCAAAAGUAAACAAAGAAUUAUACAUGCAACAGAUCCCAUAUUUUGAAGACGGCCGCAUGUGGAACAAACUAUACAAUACCAAGCUCAAAAGCCUUGGAUACUCGCCAUGCCUUACUGACGCGUGCGUGUACAAACGCAUGGUCAACACUGAGGGUGAGCUUUGCAUAUCCAUUAUUGCUACGCACGUUGACAAUUCUAUUGUUAUUACUUCACGCAAUCACACUGAAUCUGCCAUAGCCAAACUCUUACACAAAUUCAACAUGCAAGACUUAGGAAAUAUCCAUCAUUUCCUAGGCAUUGCUAUUGUUCAAAACCCAAUCAUUGCAGGACUCAACAACGCUUACCCGGCCGACACACCAAUCAGUCCAAUGACUCAACUCACGCAAUACAAAGGUACCAAACCAAAAUUCAAUUAUGACAUUGCUUACGCUGUUGCUCACUUAGCACAAUUCACUACGUGCUACGGACCCGCACACGUGACUGCUGUCAAUUGCGUGGUUUGA